UACAGCGUUUCAGAGAUGAAUGUGCCGCCUCUCGCUGCUUGUUGUGCUGCUCGUCAUGAGGCGGAACGGCGGCGGCGCAGUCACAUGACUAGACACAUUCACGGGGGUCAUCCAGCGUUUCCUCUAACAUACCUAAUAAUCAUGCCUACCACACAGCAGUCACCUCAGGAUGAGCAGGAGAAGCUCUUGGAUGAAGCUGUGCAGGCAGUCAAGGUUCAGUCAUUUCAAAUGAAACGCUGUCUGGAUAAGAACAAGUUGAUGGAUGCACUGAAACAUGCCUCAAAUAUGUUGGGGGAGUUGAGGACUUCUAUGCUUUCUCCCAAGAGCUACUACGAACUCUACAUGGCCAUCUCAGAUGAGCUGCAUUACUUGGAGGUCUAUUUGACAGAUGAGUUUGCCAAAGGCCGCAAGGUUGCAGACCUCUAUGAACUUGUUCAGUAUGCAGGAAACAUCAUCCCUAGACUGUACCUGUUGAUAACUGUCGGAGUGGUGUACGUUCGCUCUUUCCCCCAAUCCCGCAAAGACAUACUAAAGGACCUGGUGGAAAUGUGCCGUGGUGUGCAGCAUCCACUCCGGGGCUUGUUCCUCAGGAACUACCUGCUGCAGUGUACGCGCAACAUCCUGCCUGAUGAUGGAGAGCAGGCUGAGGAAGAGAUGACCGGGGACAUUAAUGACUCCAUUGACUUUGUACUGCUGAAUUUUGCCGAGAUGAAUAAGCUGUGGGUGCGCAUGCAGCAUCAGGGGCACAGUAGGGACCGAGAAAAGAGAGAGAAGGAGAGGCAAGAGCUGCGCAUCCUUGUAGGGACCAAUCUGGUCCGACUGAGCCAGCUGGAAGGCGUCAAUGUGGAAAAGUACAAACAGAUCGUGUUGUCUGGGAUCUUGGAGCAGGUGGUGAACUGUAGAGACUCUUUAGCACAGGAGUACCUCAUGGAGUGCAUCAUACAGGUCUUUCCGGAUGAGUUUCACCUGCAGACUUUGAACCCGUUCCUUCGCUCAUGUGCCGAGCUGCAUCAAAAUGUGAACGUCAAGAACAUCAUCAUUGCUCUUAUUGACAGAUUGGCCUUGUUUGCUCACAGAGAAGAUGGACCUGGGAUCCCUGCUGAAAUCAAGCUAUUCGAUAUUUUCUCACAGCAGGUGGCAACUGUCAUACAGUCCCGUCAGGACAUGCCAUCUGAAGAUGUUGUUUCGCUUCAAGUAUCUCUCAUUAACCUGGCCAUGAAGUGCUAUCCUGAGCGUGUGGACUAUGUGGAUAAAGUGUUGGAAAGUACUGUGGAGAUUUUCAACAAACUCAACCUGGAGCACAUUGCCACCAGCAGCGCAGUGUCUAAGGAACUAACCAGGCUGCUGAAGAUCCCAGUGGACACGUACAAUAACAUCCUCACUGUGCUCCAACUCAAGCAUUUUCCACCUCUCUUUGAAUACUUCGAUUAUGAGUCGCGCAAAAGCAUGAGUUGCUACGUGCUGAGCAACAUUCUGGACUACAACACCACCAUAGUGGCCCAAGAUCAGGUUGAUGCGAUCCUGAACCUGGUGUCUACGCUGAUCCAGGACCAGCCAGAUCAGCCUGCUGAGGAUCCUGACCCGGAGGACUUUGCAGAGGAACAGAGCCUAGUGGGCCGCUUCAUUCAUCUGCUGCAUUCAGACGACCCUGACCAGCAGUAUCUGAUUUUAAACACUGCCAGGAAACACUUUGGCGCUGGGGGGAACCAGAGAAUUCGACACACUCUUCCCCCGUUGGUGUUCGCUGCUUAUCAACUGGCCUUUCGUUACAAAGAGAACUCCUCCUCGGAUGAUAAAUGGGAAAAGAAAUGUCAGAAGAUUUUCUCAUUCGCUCAUCAGACCAUCAGUGCUCUGAUCAAAGCGGAGCUGGCGGAGUUACCCCUGAGGCUCUUCCUCCAGGGCGCUCUGGCGGCUGGAGAAAUCGGCUUUGAGAACCACGAAACCGUUGCCUACGAGUUCAUGUCUCAGGCCUUCUCCCUGUAUGAAGAUGAGAUCAGCGACUCAAAGGCUCAGCUGGCCGCUAUUACGCUGAUCAUCGGCACGUUUGAGCGUACGCGGUGCUUCAGCGAAGAGAACCACGAGCCCCUGCGUACCCAGUGUGCCUUGGCUGCCUCCAAACUGCUGAAGAAACCCGACCAGUGCCGUGCGGUCAGCAUUUGUGCCCACCUUUUCUGGUCUGGACGGAACACUGACAAAAGUGGAGAAGAGAUCCGUGAUGGGCGGAGGGUGAUGGAGUGCUUGAAGAAGGCUCUGAAGAUCGCCAACCAGUGCAUGGACCCGUCCUUGCAAGUUCAGCUCUUCAUCGAGAUCCUCAACAGAUAUAUCUGCUUCUAUGAGCGAGAGAAUGAUGCGGUGACGGUCCAAGUCCUGAAUCAGCUGAUCCAGAAGAUCCGUGAAGAUCUCCCGAACCUGGAGGCCAGCGAGGAAACGGAGCAGAUUAACAAACACUUCCACAAUACACUGGAGCACCUGCGUCUGCAGAGAGAGUCGCCCGAGUCUGAGGGACCUGCUUACGAGGGGCUGGUGCUGUAGGAGCCUCACACAUUUACAUUUAUAUUUGUGUACACACGCAUAGAGAGAUAUAUGUAUAUGCCCACAUGUGCACACCAGGGUAUUCCAGCCAGGGGAAAAACAAAGCCAAACCCACCUGCCUCUCUACCCAUUCCUCUCAUACUUUGUCUCUUGUUUUUCGUCCUCUGCUCGUCUUACUCUCUUCCCUUCUUCCUCUUUCUUAUUUCGUGGGGCGUUUCCUUGUGAGAACAGUCUUUAGAGAACAGUGUAUGCGCUGCACUCCUGCUCUGCGCUUCCUUCAGACUACCAUUCCCUCUUGAUACUAUUGUUGCCAUACAAAUGAGCAAGAAUAAAGCUAUAUAUUUAAGAGAGAGAGAAAAACUAAUUUUAGUGUCGCUACACUACUUUCUUGCCCCCCGCAGCCAAACGAAGAAGAAAAAAAAACGAACGAAAAAAAAGGCAGAGCUUUAUUGAGCCAUGCAUUGUUAAAGGUCUUCGUUUAUAGGACCCACACUUGAUUCUCCUUUGUUUUUUCAGCAUUAAUAUUUGAAACGCCAUGCUGAAUUAAAGACAUUUGUGUAACUAAUGAAUAGUCUUGUUUCUCACCCUUUUACUUUACGGCAGACACUUUGGUGGAGCGGGACAGUGUGUUGACUAAUAUGUGGAAUGGGUGAACGUGUAUAGACUCUAUUAAUGAAUGAGUAGCCGUGGCUGUGAAUCGAAACAAUGUCAAGCCUUCUCUUGCAUCUUGUCUCCUUUUUUUUUUUUGGAAUUAUGAUUCCCCCCUCCCUUCAUAUAUUGUAUGUAUAAUCUAAUUGUAAAUCGGUUACAACAAAAUAUCAUUGAUUUCAUGGCAUUUGCACAAAUAAAAAAAUGAUAUUAACCCCA